AUGGGCACAAAAUGGACCGAAAUCGACAGAAAUGAAACCCGAAAUCCCUCAAGAGCUGAAAAAGGGGAAAAAAUCGGCACAGGAUUGCACCGCCUGCUCUCCCUGGCUCGCUCCUGGCUGGACGAGGACGCCCCCUGGCCCGACCCCAUCUCGGCCGUGGUGGGCUCGGUCCGAAUCCGAGCGGAGCUGCUCAGCAAAAACCCCGAACGCGGCUCCCCCGAGUCCCUGGCGGUGCUGGCGGGGUCCCCCUUCGCCGAGGCCGUUUUUGGGGUGUCGGGCUGCUCCGUGAGCUGGAGGAUCCCCGAAGGAGCCGCGCUGCCGGCGGGCAGAGCGCUGGUGGCCGUGGUGGAGGGUCCGGCCUCGGGGCUGCUUUUGGGCGAGCGGGCGGCGCUGAACGUUCUGGGGCGCUGCAGCGGCGUGGCCUCGAUGGCAGCGAGGGCCGUGCGGGUGGCCAGGGCCCGGGGCUGGGCGGGGGUCGUGGCCGGGACCCGCAAAACCACGCCGGGGUUUCGGCUGGCCGAGAAAUACGCGCUGGGAGUCGGCGGCGCGGAGCCGCACCGAGAGGGGCUGGGCGCCUUCAGCCUCGUCAAGGACAACCACAGAGCGCUGGCCAGGGACAUGGAGGGGGGCGUCAGGCAGCUGAUUUUGGGGUUGCGCCGGGCCGGGGGCUUCACCCGGAAAUUGGGGGUGGAGUGCUCGAGCGCGGAGGAGGCGCUGGAGGCGGCCGGGGCCGGCGCGGACGUGGUGCUGCUGGACAACCUGAGCGCACAGGACGUGCAGGCGGCGGCGGCGCGGGUGAAGGCGGCGCACCCCGGCGUGACCGUGGAGGCGAGCGGCGGCAUCGGCCUGGAGAGCCUGGCCGGGUUCCUGGGGCCCCACGUGGACGUCGUGUCCAUGGGGUGCCUGACCCACAGCGCCCCCGCGCUCGACUUCUCGCUCAAGGUGCUGGGGCCCUGACACCCGGCCGGGGAACCCCCAAAAUCCAGCUUGG